GACAUGUGGUGGCCAUGGACCAUUUUUGUGCUGCUACUUGCCAUUUUGGUGUACAACUAUUGGAUUGCAAAGAAUAGUUCAAACGACGAGGCAGACAUCAUGCUUAAUAAAACAUACAGCUACAUAAUCGUUGGAGCGGGUUCUGCAGGCAGCGUUCUUGCCAACAGACUUUCGGAAGAUUUAGGAUCCUCUGUGCUUAUUAUAGAAGCUGGGGGCUCGGAGGACGAAAAUGACAUGAUGAAUAUCCCCUUCAUGGCGGGGGCCCUGCAGGCUACAAAGCAUGACUGGGCUUUUAGGACAAUGCCUCAAAAACACGCAUGCUUCAAUAUGAAAGGAAAGAAAUGUACCUGGCCAAGAGGACGAGUGUUGGGCGGAUCAAGCUCAAUAAACUAUAUGCACAACACAAGAGGGAGCCGGCAUGAUUUUGAUGGAUGGGCAACAGAGGGUGCUGAGGGGUGGAGCUACAAAGACAUACUGCCGUAUUUUAUCAAGUCUGAAGAUAUGCAAAUACCUAGUCUACGAAAUUCACCGUACCAUGGAAUAGGGGGUCCUCUAACAGUGAGUGACGCAAAAGCCACACCCCUCAGUGAAAUUUACAGGCGAGGGAUGCAGGAAAUGGGAUAUCAAGUAGUCGACUGCAAUGGAGAAAAACAAAUAGGAUUUUGUCCUGGUCAAGAAACAGUGAAAAAGGCAGAAAGGUGGAGUACCGCAAAAGCUUUUCUAAGACCAGCCAUGACUCGACCAAAUCUUCACGUGGCAUCAAACUCAUACGUUACAAAGAUAUUGAUGAAAGACAAGAGGGCUGUGGGAGUUUCUAUGAUAAGGAACAAUGUGAAGCACACGAUAACGGCAGAGAAAGAAGUCAUUAUUUCAGCUGGAGCCAUAAAUACACCCCAAAUCUUGAUGUUGUCUGGCAUCGGACCUAAGGAGCAUCUAGAGUCAUUGAAGAUCCCAUUAGUUGCCAAUCUACCAGUUGGAGAAAAUCUAGAGGAUCAUAUAAAUGUUCAUAUGUCAUUCAGAGAUAAUACAUGUUCAGCGUUUAGCCCUUCGCCGAUGUCCUUUUGGAAAUACAAUACAUUUAAAUCAGGUCCUCUUGGAAAAACACACGCAGAAGGAAGCGCCUUCCUCAAUGACAAAGACAGUGUGCUUCCAUUUGCUCAGCUGUUAUUUUAUAGUGUUACUGGAUUCCCUUCUAUGGAUGAGAAUUUUCUCAAUACGCUAAACCUGGAUCCAGAGGUGCUAGAAAGAAUGUAUGAAGCAUCUAAAAACAGCAGCGUUAAACCGGGAGGAACAUUCGUGAUACUAUGUACUCUCCUCCAUCCUAAAAGUAGAGGAAAGAUACGACUUAAAAGCAUUGAUCCUUUUGAUCCGCCUCUUAUUGAUCCUAACUACUUCGAUCACCCGGAUGAUAUAAAAGUGCUUUUAAAAGGAAUAAAACAACUGUUGAAGUUAGCCAAUACAACAGCAUUUAGAUCCGUUGGAGCAUCACCAUGGGACCCCUAUGAUGAAUAUUUUUAUCCUCUUUGUAAAGAUUUUCCAUACGAAUCAGAUGAAUAUUGGAUAUGUAGGGUAAAAUACAAUCUUCUCGCCAUGUAUCACACUACGUCCACUUGUAGAAUGGGAGCAGCUAACGAUAAAACAGCAGUCGUAGAUCCACAACUCAGGGUCAGGGGUGUGAGUAAUCUGAGGAUAGUAGACGCUUCCGUCAUGCGCCACAUUCCCUCUGGUAAUACAAACGCUCCAACGAUCAUGAUUGCUGAGAAAGCCGCGGACAUGAUUCGAGGAAUUGAUAGUGUGAAACAUAUCCGUGAAAAGACUGACCAUUUAUAGAAAAAGAAACAAUGUGUGUUUGUAUGUUUGUGUUUAUGCAUGUUAAAGAGAGAAAGGAGUGCUUUUUUAUAUGCAUAUUUGUGUUUGACAGAGAAAAAAUACAUGACGUUCAGUGGUAUAUACAUUUUAAAUAUCCGAUUCUGUUCCAAAAUAAAUUGCUUUUCUUACAUUUAUAGCCCCUCAAACGCAAGUAUUGGUGUCUCAAUAUGUGUUAAGGAGAUGUAAAACAAAUACACGAAUUUGUUUUCAUAAUUCAACUUAAAGAACUUGAUUUGUUUUGA